UACAUCUCGUGGGCGCAACUGCAGCUCCAUAAACAAUUAUCCUUGACAGUCCAUAACACGGACUAAAAAACUGACCUAAGAAUUUGAGCGUUCAAUUAGAACUCCCCCGUAAUGGUUAAACUAUAACCAAUAAAUCCCAAACUAUGGAAAAAACAACACGACAUAAAUCUGAGAAAUUCUAAACUACAGAAAAUCUCUAACAAAAAUAACCCAUGUGAAAUCACAAACCCUUAGCAUUACUAAACCCUCAAAUUCUUUUGCACUGAUCACCCGACCAAAACCCAAGAAAAAAAACAAAACAAAACCCUAAUAAAAAAAAACCAAAACCCAACUUCACGUGAAUCAACGUCGUCAUCCGGAUCAUCUUCGCCGUCUUCAUCGUCAACACCACCAAUGAACGCCAUCAAAGCUCUAAACUUAUAAUGCGGAAGUUUUAAUUUUGAUCCCUAAAAAUCGAAUACUCUGAUACCAUGUAAAAUAUAAUAGAAUAGAUAUAUUAUUGUAUUGUGUUUGAUAAAAAAAUACAAUAUACAUAUAUAUAGUGGUAACAUUAACAUAAUGUUAACACUAAAUAAUGCUAACUUUCCUAAACACUUAAUGUAAAUAUGCUAGAAUAUCUUGACAGUAACUUGUUCUUCAAAUCUUUCCUUUUAAUCUUUGGAGUCUUCAUGGAUUUCACGGGCUUCACAAUCUAGGUCCGUAAGAUACAUAUUUUCCGGCCCAACGUAUCUCUAAUAUCUUGCAGUGAUUUCGAUAGCACUGCCUUUGCGAUCGAUCAAGGAGUAAUAUCAAAACUAGGUUGGGAAUUUGAUAAACCAAACCCUGAUAUAUGUAUGAAGAGGUACCUUUAUAUAUAGAUAAAAGCUUUCUUCGUCUUCGAGAAGUCAAGACGAGAGGAUAGACAAUAUGAUGAUAAUAUCCGAUCUUCCACACGAUUUAGAAUCAGAGAUACUCUCUAGGGUUCCGGCCAAAUCUCUAUGGGAACUGAGAGCUACUUGCAAACGUUGGUACGCUCUACUCAGAGAUCCGUGGUUCGUGGAGAAGAACAAGAAGAUGGGUAAAGCUGUAAGAGAGUCGAUGUUACUGAGCAAUCUUAGGGUUAGUUCAAUUGCUGGCGACCUUCAUGGACUUUACAACAACGGCGUCGAACCAUCUAUCAUGGUCACCGGUAAACUUGGAAGUCUAGAGGAUUCAAAGGAUUUGAAAUUCUCUCAUAUAUUUCACUGUGACGGUUUAAUGUUAUGCUACACAAAGGGAAACACUAGACUGUUGGUUUGGAACCCAUGUACUGGUGAAACGAUGAAUAUCGAACCCAGAACUCGUUACGAACGUAAUGAUACCUAUGCUCUAGGAUACAGCACAUCUUCUUCUUCUGGCCAUAGCUACAAAAUUUUGAGGUAUUGGUAUUAUGAAAACGACCAGAAAGAGUGGAUUGCUGAGAGUGAGAUCUAUGAGCUUAGCUCUGAUUCUUGGAGGGUUAAUCUUGAUUCCUUCACUUGUGACUACACCUUGUCUUGCGAAGGCAUAACUUUGAAGGGAAAUCAUUAUUUGGUUGCUGAAAAUGAAGAAACCGUUUUUUUCUUGAUGAAGUUUGAUUUCACGACCGAGAGAUUUGUGCGUCUCCCUCUUCCGUUUCAGAGUUUUAAUUCUGAAAACACCGUAGUAGCUCUGUCUGUUGUUAAGGAUGAAAAGCUCUCGGUGUUACAUCAGAAUAUAUAUCCAUGGUCAAAUGUGAUGAGGAUAUGGGUGACCAAUAAUGUUGAUGAGGACUUGUCAUGGAGGAGCGACUUUGUCUUGACGGUGGAUUUUGAUAAAUUUGACCUCCCAAGUGUGGUGAAUGUGACAAGCUUCUUGUUGGACGAGGAGAAUAAAGUGGCAGUGUGUUGUGACAAAGACCCGGAUGAUAAAGAUAAGACCAGAAUGUACAUUGUUGGAGAGGAUAUGUAUAAACAAGUUUAUAAAGAUAAUGUAGAGGCAUCUCGUUUCAACUGGCCACUUGUCCUCACUUAUGUUCCAAGCUUGGUUUGCAUUCAGAAGAAAACACCAAGAACAAGAAGGCGUAAGAGAAGAAGAUUGUCCUUUAAAUGCAUUAAUUGAUCUUCUUUUGAGCAUAGAUCACUUACGGUGUUGUUUCUAUUUUAGUUGAUACUUGAUUAAGCUUUCCUUGUCACUCUUUCGAACAUUGGAUCUUUAUCACAAUUACAUUA